GUCAUAUCAAUUUCUCAUGUUAAUAAGAGAAAAAUUUCAUAUUAACAUUGAAAAUGGUCAAAACAAUAGGUUUCACGUCAAAUUGAUAUGAAAACUGUUAAAUCAACAUUGGCAGUUAUUAAAUUGUCAUAUCAAUUUCACAUGUUAAUGAGAGAAAAAUGUCAUAUUAACAUUGAAAAUGGUCAAAACAAUAGGUUUCACGUCAAAUUGAUAUGAAAACUGUUAAAUCCACAUUUUUAUAUUAUUCUCAUAUUAAAAUGACAACAGCAGUUGACACUCAUGUUCGCGCAUGCAAAGAAUAAAAAACGCUAGAUCUAUUGAAAAUCGCAUUGAAAUUGUUUUAUAGUCGUUUAAAGUGCAAACUGUGAGAAUAUUUAAUAAGAAACAACUCAGAAAGUUAAUAGAGAUUGUGAAAAUGAGUGAUAAUUCUUUAUUAUUUGGCGAAAAUGUUUCGCUGACUAUGAAUGACGCAGGGCAGCAUAUCGUUCUGGAAGCAACGCCUGUAGAAAUUGGUGGAAAUGGAGAAAUCAUAACGCAAUCUGCUCAGUAUGAAAUAUUAAGUGGAAAUUUAGAACAGAUUGUCGAAACUCAAUCAGGAGGAGAUCAGCGAUUAAAAGACUUAUUAAAAGAGAUGAAUAUAGAAGCCGCUUACGACAAGUUUUAUGCUUCUGGAAUCACAUUUGACCGGCUGAAGUACAUAAACUGUGACGACUUGGCGUUGGUAUUUCCAGGGAACGAAAAUAUCGGUUAUAGAGCAGAACUAAGGGAAAAAAUAAGGCUUUGGAAGCACAAUAACUUUCCAGAAGAAUCUGUUUCGACUCUAAGUAUGAACUCAAAUAUCAAAAAUUGGAUUGAAAAUCAACCUCUUGACUCGCCAGCUACCAAUUCCACUUCGUCUGAAGUCACGAGUGUAAUUGACAUGGUGAAAAACUCGAAAAGUGGCCAAUCUCUAUUAAGCUUAUAUCAAACGAAGCAAAAGUUAGAUGCAGGUGAUAGAAAAAGAUUGCUUAACAUUAUUGUGGUAAACUUCUUCGAUUUAAACUCGAAAAAGUACAAAAUACCGCGUCCACAUGAAAUGAAUAAAUUGGCUGAAGAAAUUGUAGCAAUUUUUCCUACUGAAAAUAAGGAAAUCUAUUACAUAUCUCGCAAGGACGCACGGAGAACCAAUGCAUCUGGUAUUUUAUACAAUCGCUUCAAUAACUUGAAUCGCAAGCGCAUAAGACUUGAUAGCAACACGUCAGAGGAACAGAAUGCAUCUGAGAGGGAAACACUAUGCUCCACUAAUUACAUUUCAUUUAAGAAUAAAAUGUAUUUUAUGAGUGGUGACGAAAGCGAUGCAAUUAACUUAUGGAGCGAGACAUAUAAAUACCGGGUUAAUCAUAUCCGUGAUUUAAAAGACCUAACGUCAAUCCUGGAAGAGUGGCCAUUCUACAAACAAGCUACAGGACCAAAAUUUCUCGAUUUUGACUUCCAAAAAAUGUACCCAGACGAAAAUUUCCACCUAAUUAAUAAUUGGACAGAUAUGCGGAACCAACUUGGCCAACUUUAUAAAGAUUUGUUGAGGGAUAAACAAUAUGUAGAUCUUUUUGGGUCAGUAAGCAACGAAUGUGUAAACGACAGCUCACAGCGAGCAACAACAUGCACCAAUCCAAUUGUAUUCAAUCCGAGUGCCGCCACGCAAAUUGCUUGGCAAAAUGUCUCAAUUGCCACAGCCAAGGCAGCCGAGGUACAGCAGCAGCCGCCAAAGCCUCAACAGUAA